ACGUUACCGAUUUAUUUUUUUCCGUAUCGUUGAGUAAUACGUUUUGUAAACAACCCAUGAAUUUUUUUACCUGUGAAUUUCACCACGUGUUUAAAGUGAAUCAUUUGUACCGGGAAUUUUUUUCGAUCAGGAUGUUUAAAACCUAAUUUACCAGAGGUCACCGUUUACAUACUGCAAGUCUGCUGAUUGAUGUUGAAAACAGCAACUGAUCUUCCAUUUGAAUUACAAAGUGAGAAAAAGCAUAACCUGCAAUACACGUGUGAUGUCACAGCUUCCGUAGAUACCACCUUAACUAUGCGUGUGAUACCUUAAAAUAAUUUUGUGAUAUCUGUGUGAUGAGUCUAAUUACAUGAUAAGCAUGUAUGAUAAAAAUGUACAAGGAAGAGGGAAAUUUUCUGAAACUCCUUAAAAAUCGAUUUUCCUUUUUAUCUAUCAUAUACAUAAUGUUACAUGUAUAUUUUGACCAGUAAAUGAUUGGAUAUAUAAAUACAUAUAUCUCCGGUUAUAAGUGGUUUAUAUAGGAGAAUAACACUGCACUCUUGUGAUUGUUUUGCCUUAAGAAAACCGACACAGUCAUCUUGAAUUAAGGAUACAGUCGAACGUCACAAUUUCCGCCGUCAUCGCAGUGAGAUGCUAAAUCAGUGUUGUUAGUGUGUUCCGGUAAUCGUGUGCAUGUUUGAUAACAAUUACAUGUAUAGUUUAACGUAUACCAGGAUAUAUUUACUGGAUUUACAACCAUAACAUUAAGAAUACACAACGCUGUUAUCGAGACAGUGAUAUUAAGGAUAUACGAAGCUUUCUGAGACAGAUGGAUGUGUCUAUGGAGCUACCGCCACCUCCUCCUCCUAUUGUAGACGAUCAGCCGGGGCCAGAUUUCGGUAGUGUGCCUUUGCCCUCAAUGGAGGGCCUAACGAUUCAGGACAGCCCCGAGAGUACCUAUUGUACGACAGAGGACAUUAUUCAUAUGCAACAAAAGGCCCAGCAGGCCAAACAAGGAAUUAACAGAAUCUCAGAGAAGUAUGAUGCCGUGGAUAAAUUCGGCCCUCAGGGCAAAAGUAACUUAUCUGGGAGUAAAGAACGACUAACAAUAUCCGAUAUUUCGGACCCAACUCUUAGUGGGUCAAAAAGGCCUGGACUUAAUGUGUGUAACUUUGCCGAGGGUGUGACAGAAGAGGAUUUAUUGCAAGUGGAUAUGUUUUAUCGAAGUCAUAAGACUGAAGUUUUUGUGUGUCAAUGUCUUGCCAAUCUUUACUUUGGGAAAGUUAAAGGAAAUCAAGACCAGUGGAAGUUCGCCAUGACAGGGAUUCCCGUCUUGGUUUUAGACACGGGGGAUCAUCACAGAAACCGGAAGUUACAAAUUGUUUUGGCGGAAAAAGGCACGGGCUUUCUUCUCUGGAAAGACGCCAUCGAUCAUUUGUCGACUUAUAAAGCCGAACACCCGAAUUUUCACACAAUGUCCCUGUCUACGGAUCACACGAGACUAGCGGGACUUAGUUUCGAUCAUUCGACCGCCGCUUCGGAUUUUCAUAGUACGAUAGAUAAGCUGACGUCAAAUCCUGAUGACGAAAUCAUGAGUCUCAGUAAAACGAAACACAAAAGGCGAAAAUCCGAGAAAAAGAAAGCCCCUAAAUACAAACCACCAAAAAAGACAGAAAUAUCGACUCCAUGUUGCUUUGUCCACGUAACUAAAUUAGAAAGACCCGCCAUUGACUUAACAGCUGAUCACAGCAUUAUUUCUGGUCCCAUGCAUUUUGAAAACGUGUUAGACAACCCUCCAAAUAUCCCAAACGGGAGUCAAAUGACUAUCACAAGUGAAUCAAGUUCCGGUUAUUCGGAUGACCUAGGGUCUCGUUAAUAUUCAGUUCAGGUGCUUCAAUUUUGUAUUCAUAAAAGGUCCAACAAAGAUUUAAGGAUUCGAUAACGCUCAGGAGACGAUUCAUUCUGAUGUACCAAUGGAGUACAAUUGAAGUUUUUGUGAAAUAUCUUUAAAUAAAUGCAGAAUUUCACAUCAAUUAUCCAGUGUCAAAACGGCAUUUGUUUGUGGAUAGGAAUUUAACUUGCAAUGUGUUUACUGAUGGAUUAGAAUUUCUUUUCACCUGUGAAAUCUGCAUUUAACAGAACAGGAAAUUCUUUAUCUAAAGCGAUCCCCUAUUACCUAGAUAAUGUGUUAUGUAAUGGUUUGACAUGCCUAAAAUUAUAAACAGGCUAAAAACACAUCAUGGCGUACUUAAUAAACAAAAUGUGUUCUUCAUAUAUUUUAACAAGAACCUUAACUUUUUCAACAUUUAUUUCUAUUCCUCAUUUUUAGUUUUUAUAAACAGAUUAUCACAUUUGUACAUUUAUAUAACAUGUAUACAUUGACCUUAAUUGAGAAAAAGAAAACGUUUUGGGGGAAGAAUAUUUUGCGUCCUUUUGUUUUCCUACCUGCUGAUAUUAGGAUUAAACAAUGCAUGACCGCGUGUGCAAUGACCAAGUCACGAUUAUAUUGGAUACAUAUUUAAUAAUAACGCUGUUGUUUACAUUCACUGAAGAUUAUUUUGCAGAUAUGUAAAGUCUUCCCGGAAAUAUAAGUUCAAUAUUCUAUGUAGUAUAAAUACACACAUACAUGUACUUAUAUGUCAGCAUAUGUGAUAUGGUUGACAAUACUGACACAAACUAAGGGAAUCACUUGUUUAUGGUGCAGAUUGUAUAGGGUACAUUUCGUAAAUAAAUAUUUUGCUAGAAAAGU